UGCAGCACUAAUCGCGUCUAAUGGGCGUGUACAGGAGCGCAGAUUCAGCACCAAGAGACUGAUGACCUGAGCAGGAGAAGCUCUUUGUGGCUUGAUGACAAUAAUCUGUCGAAUAUAGUCUGGGAAAAGCCGUGAACAGAAGCUUUGAUUGUUCAAGAUGACGACCACCACCACUUUUCAAGGCAUGGACCCGACCGCGAGGAGCAGCUCCAGAGUGCUGCGUCCACCAGGUGGAGGUUCAAACAUUUGCUUUGGCACGGAUGAAGAGAAACCUGUGAAAAAAAACAAAAUGGCAUCUAGUAUAUUUGCUGAACCUGAGGACCCUCAUGCCCAUCGAAGGAACAAUCCACCAGGUGGGGAGCCUACAGGUGUGUUGUGUGGAGAACCAUCUGCCCCUCUCAGAAGAUAUACUGCCCAACCAGCCAACCAAAGUAACACCACAGCUGAAAAUAACGUACCCGUGAAUGGUGAGGAAGACAAAACCACUGUUGAUAGUAUAGAAGAACCUGAACCUGUUCAGGAGCAUGAUGACACACCAGCUCCACCUUGCCUCUCUGCAACAGAGCAGCCUGCAGCUGGGGUUCUUUCUGGCCGUAGAAACCCACCAGGGGGCAAAUCCUCUCUCAUCUUAGGCUAAAGAUUUGCCUCACUUAAGGAUAAGAUCUGGGCCUAUGUGAAACAAGCAUCUCAGAGUAAAUGUGCUGUUCUGUGGUCAGUGCCCAUCCUCUGUAUAACUGUAUUCUUAAAAUGACUUAAGCCAGGACAGUUUAGACAGAGAAGUAUGCCACAGUCUCUGAGCUGUGAUUUGUUCAAAGAAUGCCUUUGAAUGUGUGAAGUGUUGGUCUCUCAGUCUUGCCUUGACUAAGAUCAGACCCUGAUCCCGGGUGUGCACUGCUACUCUCAGAUACUGCAAACCAUAGGCCAAAAUUUGCCAUCACAGUUCUCCCAGUCAUUUUAUUUAUUUUUUUUUGCAUUCAUGUGAGCCCAAGAAAUGCCUCCCUGACUCAGUGUUUGCCUCUUUCUUUUUUAUGUUAAGUUCUUGUCAGCACUUUAUGAACUGUGGUGCCCAUUUUGUGGUACCUCAUUCCUGCUGGUUAAGACACAAGGUUUGAAUGAUUCCAUGUCACAUCCAUCAUUGGGGGGAGAAAAAAACUGAAACGUUUGUAGAUGUAAAGAAAAAAGUAUAAA